AUGGAAACCGAAAAUGUGUCGAUAAUGUUAGGUCUGGAGACUGCAUACGCACUAUUAUAUUGGAAAUAUUCCAGUAAAAUGAUCAAGUUACUUGUCCCGAUAAGUCGUUUCGACAAAGACUCGUAUAUUCCUUAUGAAAAACUACAAAAUAAUUUAAAAGUUGUUAAAAAGAGACUGAAUCGUCCGCUAACUUUAUCCGAGAAGAUAUUGUACUCUCAUUUGGAUGACCCGAACAAUCAGGACAUUAUUCGGGGUCAAAGCUAUUUACGCCUUCGACCCGAUAGGGUGGGAAUGCAGGACGCGUUGGCACAGAUGGUUAUGUUUCAGUUCAUUGCCAGCGGACUGUCCAAAGUAGCCGUUCCCGCGACUAUACAUUGCGAUCAUCUCAUUGAAGCCCAGAUCGAUGGCGUCAAAGACUUGGCCCGAGCUAUCGAUAUCAACAAAGAGGUCUAUAGCUUCUUGAAUCGAUGGCGUCUUUCUGAACCGGGCUCGAUAGCUAUAGUUGUUUCUCCAGAUAUCGAAGAACUCAUGGCGACGUCGGUUUAUACCCCAGCCGAAAACCUUCGGGCCGUCACCAUAAUAAGUAGUCCAAACCGUAUUAUUUUAGAGAAUUAUGCGUUUCCGGGAGUAUUAUUGGUGGGAACGGAUAGCCAUACCGUAAACGGUGGCGGAUUGGGAGGCCUUUGCAUUGGUGUCGGCGGUGCGGACGCUGUGGAUGUAUUGGCGGACAUUCCGUGGGAACUGAAGUGUCCGAAUGUGAUUGGAGUCCAUCUGACCGGACGUCUCAGCGGUUGGACAUCACCUAAAGAUGUCAUUUUGAAAGUGACAGACAUUCUGACUGUAAAAGGAGGCACCGGUGCUAUCGUCGAGUAUUUCGGGCCCGGAGUUGACUCCAUCUCCUGUACAGGAAUGGGAACCAUAUGUAAUAUGGGCGCAGAGGUCGGGGCCACCACUUCUGUGUUUCCCUACAACAGCCGAAUGAGAGACUACUUGAAGGCCACAAAUCGUAAAGAGAUUGCCGAUUACGCGGACCAGACGCCAGAGUUGCUGAGCGCCGAUUCCGGUGCCAAAUACGAUCACGUGAUUGAAAUCAAUUUGUCUGAAUUGGAGCCCCACGUGAACGGACCCUUCACUCCUGAUCUGUCGCAUCCCAUUUCAAAGUUGGCCCAAAAUGCCAAAUCAAACGACUAUCCCAUUGACCUAAAAGUGGGACUCAUCGGCAGCUGUACUAACAGUAGUUACGAAGACAUGAGUCGAGCGGUUAGUAUCGCUAAGCAGGCGAUGAAACACGGCUUGAAAUCCAAAUCGAUAUUUACUGUAACCCCCGGAUCGGAGCAAAUUCGGGCCACCAUUGAGAGGGACGGACAGGCGGAACAGUUCCGACAAUUUGGUGCCGUUGUUUUGGCCAACGCUUGCGGGCCUUGUAUUGGACAAUGGGAUCGACAGGAUGUGAAAAAGGGGGUCAAGAAUUCAAUCAUAUCGUCGUUUAACCGCAACUUCACCGCUCGUAAUGAUACCAAUCCGGCGACCCAUCACUUCCUGGCGUCACCCGAAUUGGUGACCGCCCUCUCUAUUGCCGGUCGACUGGACUUUAAUCCGCUGACCGACGAACUGACCGGCGCUGACGGCAAGAAGUUUAAACUGGAGGAGCCGUCUGGCGAUGAGUUGCCGUCGCGUGGCUUUGAUUUGGGCGAAAACACAUACCAACCGCCGCCCAGUCAUGGCUCGGAUGUGACGAUCACUGUCAGCCCUACGAGCGAUCGCUUACAACUGUUGACACCCUUUAAUAAAUGGGACGGAAAGGACUUAACAGAUAUGGUUGUACUCAUUAAAGUGAAGGGCAAAUGCACUACAGAUCAUAUCAGUUACGCCGGACCCUGGCUUAAGUACCGUGGUCAUCUCGAUAAUAUUUCAAAUAACAUGUUUAUUGGGAAUCGUGUGUUCAUUCAGCAGAAGCCGCCCAACAAAUCCCGAUUCCGACGAAUACGUCUGGACUGUAAUGAACUCAAUAAUUGUACUCAUUAUAAGAAGAUAUUUAUUUUGUUGUCAUCUCUUGUGAUCAUUGUUUUGAUCCUUGGUAUCGGUUGUUAUGACAAGAGUGCAGAGAAUGUCAAUAAUGAUAGGAAUCAAACCCAAACCCAAACCCAAACCACAACUCAAAUGACAAAUGAAACGCAAACCGAAACUACAAUCCAAACCAAAAUUGAUAGAAAGCCUGAAUGCAAAUCGCAUUACUAUUUCCUAUUUGUGUGUAUUAUAGCGAUUAGUGUCGAGAUAUUCACACUUUUGUUGUAUUUGUUUCACUUAAUCGAAACGUUUUAUAAGAUUCCGUGGCUUCUCAUCGAAACAGUGUAUUACACGGCAUGGAGUCUACAGUUUCUGGUCAUAGGCUUCUGGAUGUCAUCCGUCGGCAAAUGGUUUAUAUUGACAUCGAUUCUGAGCUUUUGUUCAUCAUUUUUGUGCUUUAUUUUGGCUAUAAUUAAAUGCAAAAAGUAUACGUCAGGAGAGGCGGCACAGGCCAACGAUCGCGACCCCGACGGCAAUCGGCAACGAAGAGAUUCACCAAAUUAUAAGUUCACUAAAUCUAAAGACAAAUUGAAAGACAAAUUAGACCCCGAAAAGUCUGAAGAUAUGUGA